CUGGGCAGUGUUGAUGCGUUCCUCAGUCAGAUUACGACGGUCCUUCUCUUCUUAGGUUCGAGUGGCUGGCCGAACGUCAUGUGGGUGUUUGGGCUGCACUCCUUCUCCUCCCCUGCCUUCGUGUGGUGGCUUUGUGGUUCAGUCGUAGUGUCGGCUUACCAGGCACAGACCAUACCGGAAAUGUUCCGAAGCCUGGUGCAGGAGACCCUCGCCGGGGAUGACAUCAUGCUGGUCCUGGACUCCGGGGCCAGGAAGGAGCUAAACCUCGAGGCCGUGGCUGGCGGCGGCGGCACGAUGACGUUAUUGGACACUGACGAGUCAAGCAGUUUUCUAGAAACAGCCUCGAAACGUAUCCUUCGAGGGAGCCACUUUACUGUCAUUUUGGCCUUCACAAGGACCCCAGCAUCCUUUCUGAAGGAUCUUGAUGCCAGAUGGAAUCCAGACUUUAUGUUACUUCUGAGCAUGAAUUCAAGCGUCAACAACACAGCGCUUCUCGAGGAUGAAAGGUUCCAGCGGAGUCAACACCUGACGUUGCUGGAGCUGGAUAGUAAAAGAUCCCCUGCCAGAUUAAGAGUGUUUUCUAGUCUGCCAAUGAAAGGAAGAAGGUUUGUAAAACUACUUUUGGGAUACUGGAAUACGGGCUUUUUUAAAAACAAGAAGGAUUUGUUUCCGGAGCGCUUUGAGACUUUGCACGGAGCGGCGCUGCAACUGGCGUCUUGGUGUGAUGACUUUCCUUUUUUGUACCCCGUGAACGGCCUCUGCAAAGGCUCUAGCCUUGACAUGCUCGAUGUGAUCGCCUCUCACCUCAACUUCUCAUAUGACGUCCAGAUGGAGCCCUCAGACCACGAGUGGGGUAAGUGGGAGGGCGGCCGAUGGACUGGCAUGCUGGGAGACUUGGCUUACAACAACAAGGACCUUGUCAUCAAUGUGUUUCAAAUCACCCAGGAAAUAUUUACCAACUUUGAAAUAUCUUAUCCUUACCACGUGGAGAGCUACGUGUUCCUGCUGGCGAAGCCCCCACCCGUGCCGCGGCGGCAGGGGCUGCGGUAUCCGUUCACGGAGACGGUGAUCUUGGCCGUCCUCGGCACCUCCUUCGCCGUGGCGGUGCUGCUCACUCUUUUCCUCAGGGCGGUGCCGGACUCCCAAGACUACUCACAGGCAUUUCUAUUGGUAAGGGAUCAUAUAUACUUUCUCUGCUUAUCUCACCUUUCUUUUUUAUGUAAUCCUCUGUACCUUUGUAUAUCCAAAACAGCCUCAUCAUUCUGGAUAAAUCCUUCCUGCUUUCAUUGUGAGUGUCUGUGUGUGGGGCAGGUGCUGGCUGGCAUCCUGAGGCAGGCGGUGAAUCAUCGUCUCGAGCGGUGGUGGGAGCGGGUGUGGGUCGGCAGCUGGUGGCUGAUCUGCGUCAUCAUCAGCACGGCCUACACCGCCAACCUGGUCGUCUUCCUCACCAUCCCGAUUUACCCACAGCGCAUCGAGACCGUCGGACAACUUGCCUCUUCAAGCCUCAGGGUGGCGAUGCAGGACUACGGCAGCUUUGUCCCUGAUGCCUUGAACACCUCCCAGGACCCUUCCCUUCAGCAGCUGGGAGCCAACCUCGACCUCUUCCCUUACGUCUACUUGAACUACGAGGUCGGGUUCUCCUGGGUGACCGACCGAACCCACUCCCUGAUAGAGACGCGGUCCUACCUGGCUUACCUGGUGGGCCUGCAUAACAUCAGCAGCGUGACCUACGUGAUGAAGGAGGAGGUGUUCCCCGGCUACCUGUCCUGGAUCCUGAGGAAGAACUGUCCGUACGCAGCGCGGAUGGGGCGGACGUUGCAGACGCUAGUGGAAUCCGGCCUGAUGGCGUUCAAGUACCGCAAGCACAAGUCGACAGCCUCGCGUUCCCAAGACGACCAGGCGAAGACGGUGGCCGGCGAGCCGCUGAGCAUGAGUCAAAUGCUCGGCCCCUUUAUGCUGUUGGCCUUCGGUUUUAGCAUCGCUACGCUGGUGUUGCUCGGGGAAAGGUUUAUCGCCUCUAAAUAACAAGAGUUGAUGACGUAGAAAAAGUGGUAAUUCCUAAGACGAGUCGCCAUCCUCUGUGUGUGAUCAGACCCCCUCGUUGUUUCGUUGUUUUAGUUAAGUUUAGUAGUUCAGAUGUUUCAGUCUUUCUCUUGUGCCAUGAAUGUAAGAAAUCACUCUUUAGACCUCGAUUGAUUUCCUUUUCGGCCAUUGGAAAUUGUUGAUGUGAGAGGUGAAAGCGUCUGGGAAUACCGGCCCAUUGUUUGCUCUUAUUUCUUGUGCUGCAUUAUUUUAAGGUCCUUUGUUGUUGCUUUUCGUGACCACAAAGGACUCAUGCUUGAUCUGUAUGACCUCUUCCUUGUGUGCAAUGUAAUAUGUGUCUCAGUUGUUGGUGUUAGUCAUAACAGUCCAUUUCCGUGAGAGAUGCCGAGCUGUUUAUUGAGUGAACAAACAAUAAAUUGAUGCAUAGA